AUGUCGUGGAGACUUGAAACGCGGUUGUCAAAUCCACGGGUUCUCCACAACUUCUGGGUUUACUUCCUUUGUCUGUGUUCCAAACGCUUUAAUGAGAUGAAAUCAAAUGGAGUUGUUUUCGAUGCAUUCACUUAUUCCACGGCUCUUAGCUACUGUGUGGGCUCUGAAGGGUUUCGUUUAGGGUUGCAGUUGCAAUCUACUGUGGUGAGAUCUGGAUUGGAGUCUGAUCUUGUUGUUGGGAAUUCGUUUAUUACAAUGUAUUCGCGGUCUGGGAGUUUCAGAGGAGCUCGGAGAGUUUUUGAUGAAAUGCCACUUAAGGAUAUGAUUUCAUGGAACUCUUUGUUGUCAGGACUUUCUCAAAUCAAAGACGGGCUUAAUAUUCAUGGGCUAUGCAUCAAGACUGGUUUUGUUUCAGAACCAUCUGUAGGCAACAGUUUCAUCACCAUGUAUGCCAAGUUUGAUGCUUUGGAAGAUGCCAAGAAGGCUUUUGAUGAUAUAACUUUUCGGGAGAUUAUUUCCUGGAAUGCUAUGAUAUCUGGAUUUGCCCAAAAUGGAUUCUCACAUGAAGCUCUCAAGAUGUUCUUAUUAGCAGCAGCUGAAACAAUGCCAAAUGAAUACACUUUCGGGAGUGUCUUGAAUGCAAUAGCUUUUGCAGAGGAUAUAUCUGUAAAGCACGGUCAGCGUUGCCAUGCUCAUUUACUGAAACUGGGUUUAAAUAGUUGUCCUGUUGUGUCAAGCGCGCUUCUUGAUAUGUACGCGAAGCGUGGGAACAUCAAUGAAUCUGAGAAAGUCUUUACCGAGAUGUCUCAGAGGAACCAAUUUGUUUGGACAUCGAUAAUAUCAGCCUAUUCAAGCCACGGUGAUUUUGAUUCCGUGAUGAACUUGUUCCACCAGAUGAGAAAAGAAAAUGUAGCACCAGACCUAGUCACUUUUCUCUCCGUGUUAACAGCUUGUAAUAGAAAAGGUAUGGUAGACAAAGGCUAUGAGAUUUUCAACAUGAUGAUCCAAGACUACAAUCUUGAGCCGUGUCAUGAGCAUUACUCAUGUAUGGUUGAUUUGCUUGGCCGAGCUGGGAGAUUAAAAGAAGCAGAGGAGCUUAUGAGUGAGGUUCCUGGAGGACCAGGGGAGUCGAUGUUGCAGAGCAUGCUCGGGUCUUGUAGGCUGCACGGGAAUGUUACAAUGGGAGCAAAAGUGGCUGAGCUUGCAAUGGAGCUGAAACCGGAAUUGUCGGGUUCUUACGUUCAGAUGUAUAACAUUUAUGCAGAGAAAGAACAGUGGGAUAAAGCUGCAGAGAUUAGGAGAACGAUGAGGAAGAAAAAUGUAAGCAAAGAAGCUGGAUUCAGUUGGAUCGAUGUUGGUGACACUGAAGGGUCUUUAACGAUGCAAGGUUUCUCUUCAGGGGAUAAGUCUCACCCGAAAUCUGAUGAGAUUUAUAGUAUGGUUGGAAUUAUUGGAUUGGAGAUGAAUUUAGAGGUAAAGGUUGCAGUUUAGGUCUCUUAUUCGUAGUUCUAAAAUGUUGUAGUAAUAGAUCAAAAGUGGAAAUGGUAGCUAUAGAGAUAUAUAUGAACUCACCGAGUGUUUUAUUUUUGCACCUACAUGCACAUUGAUUUUGUAAGGACCAUGGUAAACCGGUUUAGCAUGGUUCUCUGAUUUUGACCUCAUUGACCAGUUUGAUUUAUCAGUGGAACACUGUAUGAUAUUCGAU